AUGCCACAACAACCCAAAACACAAUGGCUCUUCUACGCCAUCGUAUCUGGAUGUUGCGCCGCCCUUAAUGGCGUUUUCGCCAAACUCACAACCACACAACUCACCACCACAUGGGCAACCGCAGUCUCCCAUCUCUUCGGCAUGCAAGAACCGAGUAUCUUCGUUGAGUAUCCGAUACGAGGAGUACGUGCAUUGUCUUCGAGGAGAAGAAUGGAGAGAAGGGUGGAAGCUGACGUGAUGGUCUUGUAGUUCUUUUUCGCCAUGAAUCUCGCCUUCAACGCUGUGAUGUGGGGCCUUUUCACCCGCGCCCUAACAUUGGCCAGCAGUACCGUGCGCGUCAGCGUGAUAAACACAAGUGCGAAUUUUGUCAUAACGGCGAUUCUGGGGGCGAUUAUCUUCUCGGAAGCGUUACCUGGUAAAACAUAUCGUUGUCCCUUUCUGCCUUCGCUAAUGACUUGGCAGGUCUCUGGUGGCUUGGCGCUUCCAUGCUGGUAGCUGGUUCCGUAGUUAUUGGAAGUCGAGAAGAGGGGAAUGAAGAUAUUGGGGCUGCUGGGACCGCUGGUGCAGAGCCGGCAGUGGCAGCCUCAGAUGGGUAUGCUGAUGAGCCGGAUGCUCCUCCGCCAAGCGCAGUAGGCAGCACCUCAAAGCAUUUCCAUGGCUCAGAUGGCGCUUACAGGGACAGCAUCGACGAGGAGAUCGAAUUGAAGCCAGCCCAAGCACGACGGAAACGAGAAGACGGAGAAAGUGAUGAUGAAAUCUAA